AUGGAUAUAAAAACAAGAGCCAAAUAUUUGCUGCCUACAAGAGACUCACUUCAGAUCUACAGACAUAUACAGACUGGAAGUAAGACAAUGGAAAAAGGUAUUCCACACAAAUGGAAAUCAAAAGAAAGCUGGAGUAGCAAUACAUCAGACAAAAUAGAGUUUAAAAUAAAGAUUGUUAACAAGAAACAAAGAAGAGCACUACAUAAUGAUCAAAAGAUCAAUCCAAGAAAAAGAUAUAACAAUUGUAAAUACAUAUGCACUGAACAUAGAAACACCUCAAUAUGUAAGGCAAAUGUUAACAGACAGAAACAGAAAAAUUGA